AUGGUGCGCAGGCCAUCGUUCAUAUCAAGACGUCCGUCCUCCCUCUACCCCUGCAGCGUCUGUGCCAGGCCAGCGCCCUAUCCAUCCUGCACAACAUCCCUCUACCCGUAUCCUGUGGCACCUGCGCGUGUGCACACUCACUCUCCCCUUUCCGCAUUUUUCUCCCCGAAACCCUCUGCCUACCUACAGACGUCCGUGCUGCCGUUAGCUCUACUGCGCCUGUGCCAGGCCAGCGCCCUAUCCACCCUGCACAACACCCUCCCCACGCCCCAACCCCCUGCCCUACAGACGUCCGUGCUCCCUCUAGCCCUGCAACGGAGGCCAGCGCCCUAUCCAUCCUGCACAACAUCACCAUGGGUGUGCUGCAACAUCACCAUGGGUGUGCUGCAACAUCACCAUGGGUGUGCUGCAACAUCACCAUGGGUGUGCUGCAACAUCACUGUGGCACCUGCGCCCGCCCACCCUCCCUAUCCCGCCUUUCUCUCCCCUCAACCCCCCAUCUACCUACAGACGUCCGUGCUCCCCUUGGCUCUGCAGCGCCUGUGCCAAGCCAGCGCCCUAUCCACCCUGCACAACAUCACCACGUCCGUGCUGCCUCUAGCCCUGCAACGUCUGUGCCAGGCGAGCGCCCUAUCCACCCUCCACAACACCACAGUGGGUGUGCUGUGGCACCUGCGCCCGCACACACCCCCUCCUGCCUCUCGCGAAGCGGCCACAGCCACAGAAACCCCCCCGCCCUUGCCCUUCUCGGCGCUGCUGGUGCCGCCGCAGGGGGUGGCAGUGCGUGUGUCGCUGCCUGCAGGGGUGGUGGCAGAGGGGAAGCGAUUGCAGGUGCAGCAGGCAGAUAGGACGGAAGACUUUGGUAUUGCACCGCGUGAGUGGCUGUUGCAUAAGGAGGAGGAGGAGCAGGAGCAGGAGCAGGAGCAGGAGCAGGAGCAGGAGGAGAGGAUUAGUCUGAUGCUGCUCAUGGAGGUCUAUGCCCCCCGCUCUCUCGCCCGCGCCAUGUCGACUCAAAAGCAGGAGGAGGCCUUUGAGUCGACUCGAAAGCAGGAGGAGUGGAGCCCUCUGAUGCUGCUCAUGGUGGUCUAUGCCCCCUGCUCUCUUGCCCGUGCCAUGGUCAGUGGCAUGGCUGUACGACGAGACCAUGAGGUGCUAUCUGUCGCUGCACCCAUCAGCUGCAGUGCCCUCUGUGCGUUCCUCUCUCCUUCCUCUCCCCACCCUCUCUCCCUCCAGGCAUCCACUGGCCCAUGUCGGCAGUACGACAAGACCAUGAGUCGCUACAGCAGAACCACUAAGCUCCCCUCUAUCCCCUUCGCCCUCUCUCCUUCCUCUCCCCACCCUCUCUCCCUCCAGGCAUCCACUGGUCCAUGCCGGCUGUACGACGAGACCAUGAGGUGCUAUCAGGCGCUGCAGCCGUCAGCAGCGGUGCAAGCGAUGGUGGAUGGAGAGGAUGUGGGGCGAGUGAGGGGCACAACGGGAGUGCUGCUGGAGGACCCCAAGGUUUCAGGAGCCACUGCUGCUGCUGCAUCAUGUCCCAACGCCAAGCUCCUCCCCACGUGCCUCAUCCGCAAUCUCACCUCCCUCUUCCUCCGCCACCCUGCCCUCGACUUCACUCUCGCCGCCGCCUCCCCUCCCCUGCCCGCCCGCUCCGUCGCCUCCGCCUUCCACCCCAACCGCGCCCCCCUGCUGCCCCUCGCUGCUGCAUGGCGGGCGGAGCACUGUGGGGACGGAGGGAGUGCGGACAUUGCCACAGCUUGCUACCAACGACUGGUAAGGCCCUUCCUCCAUUCCACCCCAACCGCGCCCCCCACUGCUGCAUGGCUGGGGGAGCAAUGCAGGGAAGGAGGGAGUGCGGACACUGCCACACCUUGCUACCAACAACUGCUAGCAGAGCUUUUUCUGCUUGCAGACGCCCCUUCCCUCAUCUUCACUCACAAGUCGCCCGCCUUCUCAUUCGUUCUAGCAGAGCUUUUUCUGCUUGCAGACGCCCCUUCCCUCAUCUUCACUCACAAGUCGCCCGCCUUCUCAUUCGUUCUAGCAGAGCUUUUUCUGCUUGCAGACGCCCCUUCCCUCAUCUUCACUCACAAGUCGCCCGCCUUCUCAUUCGUUGUGGCGCGCGGGUCAACACGGCAAUCCCGAGGGCUUGAGGGGGCGUUCAGAGUGGUGCAGCCGGCGCUGUGUGCUGCUGCGUGCCCCAAACCGCUGCUGGAGAAUAAAUUCGCCCAACACAUGAUCGUAGAUGGUGAGUGGACUUUUGAGUCGACUCAAAAGGCAAUCCUGAGCGCUAGGGGAGGCAUUCAGAGUGGUGCAGCCGGCGCUAGUCCCUCAAGGCCCUCUGCUGCGCGCUGCCCAAGAGUCCCUCAAGGCCCUGUACUGCGCGCUGCCCAAGAGUCCCUCAAGGCCCUGUACUGCGCGCUGCCCAAGAGUCCCACGAGCGGGAAGCAUCAUGAAAACCGCAUUCAGCUCUUCAUCUCCUCCUCGCUCUGCCCCCUUCUCCCCACUCCCAGAGUCCCUCAAGGUGCUCUACUGCGCGCUCCCCAAGAUUUCCACGAGGAAGCGGCCAUCCGUUUCAUCACGCGGCGGGACGUGUUCCGAUUCACGUUCGUGCGCAACCCUCUCACGCGCGCCACGUCAGCGUUCCUCGACAAGUUUGUGCACGCGCGAAAUUUCACGAAUGAGGGCGAUGCACGGCUAUAUUGGGCGGACGCCAUGUUUGGGCAGACCAAGCUGCUCAAGAAGAUGUUAAAAGAGCACCCCACGGGUGAAUUCUCGUUUGCGGAGUAUCUGGUUCUUGUGGAGGAGGCUCUUAAGGGGGAUGCUGAUAAGAUCGAGAAUCACAUUGACAAGCAGAUCGACCUCUGUGCGUUGGAUCGCGUGCAUUACGACUUUGUGGGUCGCUUCGAGAACAUGUCUGCUGACGUGGCAGCAGUGAUGCGUCAGCUCAACACGUCAGAUCUUGGGAUCUUCCAGAAGGGCAAGUCCCUCCAGCUCACAGGCGCGGACCAGCGUUCGGCACAGUUGUACGAUAAGGACUCAUUGGAGCGGGCGAAUCGGAUUUACAGCGACGACAUGAGCAUUCCCUUCAACGCCAUUCGCUACGACAUUCCCGAGGCCCUCAAGCAGGUGGCCGCUCGGGAAAACGACACGCAAACACCGGCAACUGCAACCUCUAGAAAACUCCGAAUUCUCGAGUCUCCGCGUUGA